AUGUGUUUGAUCACCUCCAACUGCUUCUGCGCGGUGGAGAACUGUUGGGCGAAGCUCUCCACCGCAUCGCCGAAGAGGCCAGUGUGGGAGAUCGGAGAGUCUCAAGAAGCGGUGCUUGUCGGACUCCCUCAUAUCUGCCAGGUGAAGAUGCAUUUUUGCAUAUCUCUUUUGCUGAGUUUGGCUUUGGCUUUUUGCCCAGCAUCAUCUAUGCCCCCUCCAGAUACAGUUGGCAUUAAUGAGGAAUGGAAGGACAUUCCAGAUAUAAACAAAGAUCUCAGAGAAGGAGACAUCGUGGUGCCUAACCGAAGGAACGCCAUUCUUGGGAAUCAGUACCGGUGGAAUAUUUCCAUCCCCUAUGAGCUGAGUGUGAACCUCAGUUUGAACUAUAAAGGAGUCAUUUUGAGAGCCUUUGAGCAGUUCAGACUGAAAUCAUGUAUUGACUUUAAGCCCAGAGCAGCAGAAAACAUUUCUUACAUCUCUGUGGAGAGUCGUGACGGGUGUUGGACAUAUAUCGGUCGAGCAUUUGCUGGAGCUCAGACUCUUUCCAUUGGAGAUGGCUGUGGGAUAAAAGCCUUUAUUGAGCAUUUGUUUCUCCAUGCACUGGGAUUUUUGCAUGAGCACACAAGAUAUGACAGAGAUGAUUAUGUGACCAUCAACUUUAAAAACAUCAUUACAGGUUAUUCUGUCAUUUUUAUUUUUUUCUUCUUCAUUUUAUAUGACUACUAUUCUGUGAUGCAUUAUGAUAAAAAUGCCCUCAGCAACGGUAAUGGAUCCACAAUCAUUACCAAGUACCCUGAGUUUGAAGAUGUGAUUGGUCAACUCCUGGGCAUGAGUGAAUAUGAUGUGAUUAAACUCAAUAAACUCUAUAAAUGCAAUUCAUCCAUCUCUUUCCUUGAUCACUGUAGUUUUGAUGAUGCAUCUCUGUGUCAGAUGAGCGUCUGUUCUGCUGCUGAUUAUGGCUGGCAGAGAGUGAAGUCAGUGAGUGGCAUCAAUGUGACUGACCACACAUACUUGGGCAAAGACCAAAAUGGGACAUCUUUCUUCAUGCACUUCAGCACUAAGGCAAGAAACCAAGGGGAUGCAUCUAGACUGGAAAGUAAGAAAACGACCCCUAAAAGAUACUGCAAGGUCCAGUGCCUGCAGUUCUACUACUAUCACAGUGGUCAUGUGUCUGACCAGCUCAACAUCUGGAUCCAAGAGUACCAGAACGAAGCAGACAGCAGAGGAACUCUCAGACUUAUGGAUCAGAUCACAGAACCCCCUGGCAAUUACUGGAAGCUGCAUCAUGUGCCACUGAAUGCAAAUAAAACCUUCCGAGUUGUAUUUGAAGCACGUAAAGGAGCUGGAAACUCCAGUGGAGGAUUUUCACUGGAUGAUAUCAAUAUUUCUGAGACUGAGUGUCCCCACACGUGGCAGAUAAGAGACUUUGAGAAGGUUUUGAACAACAGUGUGUCUGGCACUUUGAUGUUCAGUCCAUUGUUUUACUCCAGUGAUGGUUAUCGCUUUCAGGCUGGUUUAAGUGUGUAUCAGAAUUAUCUUUCAAUAUUUGUUCGUCUGGUGUCUGGUGUAUAUGAUGACCAGCUGCAGUGGCCUUGUCCAUGGAGACAAAUAACCUUCCAGAUGCUUGACCAGAAUGCACACAUACAGAAGCGCAUGUCCUCUGAGAAAAGCUUCACAACUGACCCCAGUUUGAUUCAUUCCAAUGUCAGUGUUUGGGACCAUCCUCGAAAAACUGGAACUCGUGUCAUCAUUGGCAAUGAGACCAUAUAUGUGGGUCGUUUUGUAGGCUAUCAAUAUGCCAUAAUGAAAGAAGAUCUCACUAAAAGAGAGUUUAUCAAGGGUGGUGACAUCAUAUUUCUCUUUACCCUGCAAGAUAUCUCAGAACUACUUCAGAAGAACUCUCUACCCUGCCCUAAAGUGACAGUGAAGAACUUCAACAUUUCAUUUAAUGCAGCUUUCAAGCAGGGACCAUGUGCUACAAGUGAUUGUCUGGGCAUAUUUUGCACUUCCAGUACUUCCUAUGUGAACCUAUUGGUGGUUUGCUUCCAUUUGGUGUUAAAUUGGUAAAAACAAACCCUAUGUCUGACUACAUGAAUUCAAUAUAAAAGCAUGUCUUCAGUCUUCCACUAUAUGAUACUGUUAAAAUUGUAUUUUUGUUUAAUGAGAUGCUAACAUAGAAUACAUCUAGUUAUCUGUAAUGAAGUAAUCAACAUGUUAAAUUUAGCCUACUGAUUUUCAUGAUAAACUCUGUUGUUGAAUAAGGUCCAUGCAUUUUUUAAUAGGUUAAGUUAAAUAUUUGAAAUAUUGCAAUCUUUGCAUAAACAUUACUGGUUGUAAAUUACUAUACAAAAUGUUAAAUGUGACUAUGCACCCACAAGCACUAUGUGAAUGUUUUGUAUGAAUAACAAACCAAUUUUACAAAUAACAUCUUAAUGUGGCUUAAUAAUAUGAUUAAAAUGUUAAAAGUUUGAAUGUGUGAAUGUGGAGAAAAUGCUGAAAGAUCUAACAAUUUAUAACUGUAAUUGCUGUAACAAUUGGUUUAAUUUUUUAUGUUUUUGUUAUUCAUUUAUAAUCAUUUAUCCAUUGUCAUUUAACCAUUUGUUGAUUUUUAUUUUUAUUUCCUGUGCUCUUGUAAUGCUUGCUAUUGUAGAUUAAUCAAUUGUUGUUGUUAUUUUAUAAUCUUAUGUUAUGAUUAUGUGGUUUUAAGGGAUAUUUGUCUUUAUGAGAGAUAAGGUAAAGUCUCCAUUUCAAGGUUUUGAAUGUCACAUGGCGAUGCUGUGAAGCUGUAAUACUCCGCUGCGUUAAUUCAACACUUGUCGAAAUUGUGGUGGUCAAGUGAAGUCCAGCCCAGCUGAGCACUGAAACAGACGGAACUAAGAUUAUUCAAUAAAACCUGCUCAUUCAUAGCUUCA